AUGGUGAGGCACAGGGACCACAACCGACCCGGCAGCAGAAGAUCUCGUCAAGACUAUGAUGAGAUAAGACUUGGCUUAACAACACCAAAAGGAGAAGCCACCUGGGACUGGGCGUUAACAAACGACCACAUAUCGGUCAAGAUCACCAUAGGAACACUAGUCACGCCCACCCCGAGAACAACGAGGCAAUACGGCACGAAAGGCCCAACGACCCCCCACAUGCCCCCGCUACGAGCCACGAGAGCUCUGCCCACCACAGACGACGAGGAGGCAAAGGCAACCCUGCUAGCGAAAGUUAUUCUCGCCAACAGGAGAGGCAGACCUGACGGAUGUGCAAGGCGAGCUAUGGCACGAGACAGAAGGGGACCCUAA